AUGGUUUUCUUCUUGCAUGUAGAACUUCCUUCCGGGGUGGUGAAUUUCGUGUUUGGUGUUGGUCCGCGAGCAGGCCAAGCGUUAGUUACACAUCCUGAAGUGAACGUUAUCUCAUUCACUGGAAGUACUCAAACCGGUUAUCAUAUAAAAAAAGCAACAUCGCAUUUAUCGGUGAAAUUAUCUUUGGAAAUGGGAGGAAAGAACGCCGGAAUUAUCUUUAACGAUGUCGAUCUUGUCAAGUGUAUUCCAGUUUUAUUGAGAUCAUGCUUUCUCAAUUCUGGACAAAUUUGUUUGUGCACGAGUCGGUUGUAUGUUCAGCGAGGCAUCUACGAUGAAUUUCUUCAGAAAUUUCUACCCGAAGUCAGGAAAUUGAAAGUUGGCGAUCCAUUUGAUGAAAAUACAAAAAUGGGACCUGUGGUAAGUAAAGAGCAUAAGGAUAAAAUCGAGAAAUAUCUCGAGUUAGCUCGACAAAAUGGACAUGAAAUCGUUUCCGGUGGAGAAAUGGAUCCGAAUGUAAAAUCGACAAAGAAAGGUUACUACAUUAUGCCGACGGUGAUUUUGAAUGUUGAUGACCGAUCAAAAUUAAUGACGGAAGAAAUUUUCGGACCUGUCGUUUGCAUUGUACCAUUUGAUACCGAAGACGAAGCUAUUGAACGUGCAAACAAUGUGCAAUAUGGUCUUUGUGGUUGUAUAUGGACAGAAAAUAUUGGACGAGCACAUCGUCUUGCUACACGCAUGGAAUGUGGAACAGUUUGGAUCAAUAGUUGGCUUAUACGCGAUCUUCGAAUGCCAUUCGGUGGUGUCAAGGAUAGUGGUAUUGGUCGAGAAGGUUAUCCGUACUCGGAAGAAGUUUUCACCGAAGUGAAAACUGUUUGCAUUAACGUUGCUUAG